AUGACGAAGAAACAGCAUCGUCGUUUGUCCUGCUAUAAGAUUAUGAUAUCUUUAGGGGUAUACGAUAUGGCAGCCAUUGCUAUCAAUUCAUUGGUGACAGGAUAUCUAUGGAUUAAAGGCGCCAAUUACUGUACAAAUCCAACUACUAUAUAUGCAAUUGGAACGAUUGGACUUGGUCAAUUCCGUAUAUUUUUAAUUUCAGUACUACAACUAUCCACAUACCAUCAACAAUUUAUUGGUGGUAGCAAUAACGUGUCUACUCUACUUCCCAUAUGGUCGUGUUUUGCUGCAACUCUCCAGAUCUGCAACUCGCUUAUCGUGGGCUCAGAAAUCCGUGAGUUAACUGUCCGACGCUCACUAAAACCUUCAGUCCCGCUUUAUAUCGUAAUUAAAAAAUUUCAGUUUUUUAUCCAAUGUACUUCUAUCUGUGCAGCAAAUCUCAUAGCAGCAUUGAUCUAUGUGUACAUGCAGUUCUUCUCGACUUCAUCAUAUUUUGUGCUAAUUGGGCACAUCUGUUGGCAGUUAGGACACGGUAAAAAGGAGUUUUCUAUAUUGUAG